AUAAUUGGCCUGUUAAACGUGUUCACCCCACAGAAAUCACUGGAAGAAUUCCAAGAUGUUUACAUCGUGAUGGAGCUCAUGGACGCCAAUCUCUGCCAAGUGAUCCAGAUGGAGCUUGACCACGAACGAAUGUCCUACCUGCUGUACCAGAUGCUGUGCGGCAUCAAGCACCUUCACUCGGCUGGAAUCAUACACAGGGAUUUAAAACCUAGCAAUAUUGUAGUGAAAGCUGACUGCACGCUGAAGAUCCUAGAUUUUGGGCUGGCCAGAACAGCUGGGACCAGCUUUAUGAUGACACCUUACGUCGUGACGCGCUACUACAGAGCACCCGAAGUCAUUCUUGGAAUGGGGUACAAAGAAAACGGUUAG